AUGAGCAGCAUCUCUGCUAGCCACCCAGUGCUCAUCGCAGGAGCUGGUCUCGGCGGUCUUUGCCUCGCCCAGGCGUUGAAAAAGCAUUCGAUACCGUUCAAGAUUUUCGAGAGGGACUUCAAACAAGACUUUCGCGCUCAGGGGUUCCGUCUUCGGAUAUCAGAGGACGGCAUCACGGCCCUGCAAUAUGCAUUGAGCCCCGAGAUCUGGAAUUUGUUCGAAAAGACAUCGGCCGAAAUCCUUGGUCUGGGCCAUUUGGGGCGCCUCGAUGCGCUCACAGCUGAGCCUCUUCCCGCCGGUGGCCCGCCACCGGGAGCUCGUGGAGGCUUACAGCCAUUCACAGUGGAUCGCACAACGAUGCGCGAAGUGCUGCUCACCAAGCUCGAGGACGAGACGCAAUUUGGAAAAUAUGUCACGCAUUUCGAAUCGAAUGAGACUGGCGUAACAGUGCAUUUUGCCGACGGCACUUCAGAGUCCGGAGCUCUCCUUGUAGGCGCUGAUGGGGUGAAAUCUACAGUUCGCAAACAGCUCUUACCUGAUUACCCCUUCCUUGACUCUGGAUCGAGGAUUAUCUACGGCAAGACUCCGCUCACCCAUCAAGUUGAGGCGGAACUUUCAGACAACCUCCUGGGUGGGAUGUGCUUAUUAAAGGAAGACGAGGCAAACGGCGUGCCGAAAACAAUGUUGCUGGAGGCCAUGCGUUUUCCCAAGGCGUCAUCUACUAUCGAACAUAUCAACCUCCCAACGGAUUAUAUCUAUUGGGUAUUAUUAGUACGACGAGAUGAUCUAUCCAUUCCUGAUGCGGAACUGCUCAGUCUAAGCAACGAACAAUCAUCCGAUCUUGCGCUAUCCCUGACGGAGAAAUGGCAUCCGAGCAUCAAACCAGCGGUCAUUCAUCAGGAUAGAAGCCAAACGGCGACGCUAAGAGUCCACUCGGUAGACCCUGCGAUUCCGGACUGGCAGGCUUCGACAAACGUGACACUUAUUGGUGACUCAAUCCAUGCCAUGCCACCCACGGGAGGUAUGGGUGUUAAUACGGCACUGCGAGACGCCAGCGACCUUGCGCGAAGAUUAGUUGACGCCCACCAUUGCGAAAAGAGUCUGGAUGGACUGGUGGCCGAGUACGAGCAGAACUUACGCCUGUUUGCACGCAAGCCACUUGCGACAAGUUGGAUGGCUGGCAGCAAGGCGUUCGGGCUGCAGCCGGUUGAGCAGUGCGAGAGGCUUUCUUUCUAG